UUGCAAUUAAUUUAUUUGUGUAAAAUACUGCAGAUAACAAUUUUGGAUUGUAAGAAAAUAGUACUUAAAUUUCACAAAUCCAUGGACCAAAAUGACGAGUUUACCUGCAAGUUGUGCAUGAAAAGUUUUUAUAAUGCAACUGCUUUAUUGAACCAUAAAUACUCUCAACAUGAUGAUGAUAGUUCCGACAUUGAGCUACAAAAUAUACUUCACAACGAUACAGACAAGAUAUUUGAUGGUCUUUGCGGCUUUCAAUUCUACCCCCACGAAAAUCAAAGCACAGACUAUACGACGAUCGAAGACAACAUUACACGACGCACUUUCAGCGUAGACACGAGCUACAUCAUUGUAAGAAUAAGACGUGAAGAUGACAAUGGGAGCAAAGAGGACCAACUGGAGGAUGGCUUGAGAAAGAUGCAACCAAAGUUACCGGUGGAUUUAAGUGGACCGUUUACAUGUACCCUGCCUUCGGUGAUGCAGCCAGAUCGUACAUGCCGGCAGAUAUUUGUAAACUGUUGCGACUACUCGAUGCACUAUCGGGACCAACACACAAAGCGGCGAAAAACCGCCCUCAGAUGCCAAGUGUGCGAGAAACGUUUGGACAGGGCGUAUCCUGACAGUACUCCCCAGGUCGAAAUCUAUACCUGUCGGACCUGUGACCAAGUUUUCCUGGAUAGCUCCCAAUUGGAUAAUCACGCCAGAAUGAUUCACACCAAAAUAAAACCAUAUCAAUGUCCCUUAUGCUCAAAAAGAUUCACCCAGCAGGGCGGCCUGCACCAGCACAUGCGCAUGCACUCUGGUAUACGCCCGUUCGUUUGUGUCUUUUGCAACAAGGGUUUCACUCAGAAGGCUGGUUUGGACCAGCAUUUGCGCACCCACACCAAGGUCAAGCCUUUCAAGUGUGUGAUAUGCGGCAAAAGCUUCUCACAGUCCAUCCAUCUGAGGCAGCACAUGCGAACGCAUACAAACAUACAUCCAUUCGAGUGCCAAGUUUGCGGAAAGCGAUUCAAGCAGAGUAGUCAUCUGAAUUUUCACUUGAGAUCACAUGGAGACGUCGGCUACGUGAUGACGGACCAGUAUAACCAGACAAUACAGUCCGAACCGAAUCACCUCGACUUUUUCAACCUUUCCAACGUCCAACCAGUGAGAGAUGGGGAUACAAUGUACUAUGCCGCCGAAAUACCAGAAUACAAUGCCAAUUAUUAUACGAAUAGUAUAUAAGG